GAGAGUUCAGUACAAGUUCAGUGGUCCUACGGUAAGCAUCUCGUAGCUAGACGUUAGCUGAGUUCAGUGAUUCAGCAGAGUGAGUGAGGCAAAGUGGUGUAGUAGGAGAUAACCCCUUCCCGUCUAAAAUAAUAUUGAAGAAAGAAAAUCAUUCUGCUGUGCCCAGUUGUUGUUGUCUGUACACAUUAUUGGUGUUAUGUUGUGUUCGAGUUGGGCAAGCCAGUGUUGUUCACAUUCGUGCAAUCGUGCCUGUGUGAGUGCAUGCUCAGUGCUGGUUCUGGUGGAUGAUAUUGUGCCAAGUUUAGCCAGCCAAGUUAUAUGAUGGUGGCAAUGAAGGAAAAGUAGUUCAUGAAAAAGAGAUAUACCAGCAAGCUGCUUAGCAAACGUACGUACGAACGUGUGUUGACGAAGUGAAAUCGGGGUUCCGCAGACGGACACAGCACGGCGGAUAUAGAUUUUCCUUGGAGGAGUUUUGCCUGCCAGUUUUCGAUUGAGGAAGCGCUCAAGUUUCGAGCAAUCGAUACCAUCAGUCGUUGCUGCUACCACAGUGGAGAGUGCAUAGAACGGAAUAAAAAUAUUCCGGAAUCGACGAGUUUCGUCUUCAGUGACACGACAAACCGGCGUGAGUGGCUCAUUAGAAGAAAUCGGACGGUGAAAAACUUCGUACCAGAAGACUGUGACCAAACAGAACAAAAAAUUAUUAACAAAAGUUUUAUCGUGUCUUGCUGCUCCAUUGUUGCAAAAAAGUGUUUAUCGCAACGGAAAGAACUAAUUAGUGAAGAAAUUUGAGAAAAAAAUCAGCCACAGUAAGAAAGUUCGAUUCGAUAAAGUCUAAUCGAGGCAAUCCUUGUGUAGGAUAGUGCAAGUGUCGAAAUUUCAAGUGAAGAAAUUAAUUUAUGCCUGGUAAACAAGUGAACUGCUUCAUCAUUCCUGGGGUCAACAGGUAGUUGAGUGUAGUUAAUACUUUUCGAAAUAUUUGGAAUUACCUAAACACCAACCUCUUGGUGGUGACCUGAUGUUGGGAAAGUUUGAAACUAGCAGUUGUUUCGGAAUAUUCAGCAGCAGUAUAUCCACCAGCAGCUACGAAAAGCAAGUAAGCUAUCGUGGAUAAAAGGAUAAAUCGUGAAUUGACAGUUCGCUCAGAACGUUUCUGCGUUUCACCCGGGGAAGAAGUACCGCGAAGAAAAAGGAUUACCAGUGAAAAGUUCAAGUGAAGUUUCCAGGUUUUCCAAACGCAUCCAAGUGAAGCUAGUUUCAAUUGUUUGGAAUCAUUAUUAAAAGUUUGUUUUACAUUGGAUUUGGGAGAAGCACGUGACCUGAAGCCAACGUAGGCUUCUGAAGAAUUUUAGUGAAUUGCUCCUGAAGAGUAAAUUGGAUCUAGUUUGGAUUAUUAAAUUGUGCUGAGGAAGAAAACAAUAAGAUCAUUUGGACAUCUAAAAACACUUCCCGCUUUCGCCGGGAGCCUGAAUUUAUUUCGAUCCGACCGCGGAAACCUUCCCUGUCGAAGGUUUUCCCCAAACGGUGUCACCAUUAGCAAUCGCCACUUUCUACCACCACCGGUUGCUGGACGGUUUCACGGUUCCAGUGUUGAAAAUCCUGUUGUGCUGAAGAAGAAAUUGGCAAAGGGUCCCCUCAGUUAGGACAACUCCCCGAGGCAAAAGCCCCGACAAGCCAAGCCAAACAAGCCCCGGAAGAAUAAUGGAGCGCGAGUCGAAUCCAAUGCAGCCGAUGUGUAGAUCUGGUUGUGGAUUCUAUGGCAAUCCGGCCCAGGAUGGGCUCUGUUCAGUAUGUUACAAGGAUUCCCUCAGAAAAAAACAGCAACCCCCGGUCAGCAGUAGUACGUCGUCAGUAUCUUCCAACGGGCCGCCCCCGCCAUCGGUCAUGACCUCGGUGUCCGUUUCCGCUUCCUCCACCAACAUCGGCACCGUGGUGACGUCCCAGAGUUUCACAUCCGUCGCUUCCUCCAUCACAGCAGCUGCCUCGCCGCUUUCAUCGAUCGCCGCCACCAACACCGCACAGCCAACCGUGCAGAGUGCGCUGCUUAGCUCAGAAAAUAAAGAUGAUGAAGAUAGUGAUUUUAGUGAAGAACAAGAGAAAGACAACAGUCGUGACGAAGAACUGUGGAUAUAUAGUACGGAUUUGGAAGACGAUAGUAACAAUGACACAAACGAAGAAUUAGAACCUCAAGCCGAUGAUACAGUUUGUACUGAUGCAAGUCAAGAUAGGACAUUACGCAAAAGAAAAAUCGACGACGAGAGUGGAGCCGGAUGCAGUAGUGGUGUCGCCUCUAGUAAUAACCCCGCAAUACUGUCGGAUUCCAGCGACGACAAAGACGAUAAGGAUGGCAAAAAGAAGAAGAACCGAUGCGUGACAUGUCGCAAGAAAGUUGGACUGACUGGUUUCGAGUGCCGAUGCGGUGGAUUGUUCUGUGCGAUACAUCGAUAUAGUGAUAAGCACGAAUGCUCGUUCGACUAUCGGGAAUUGGGUGCGGCAGAAAUAAGACGCAACAAUCCGGUCGUGGUUGGAGAAAAAAUUCAAAAAAUUUGAACACUCGUGCCAUCUAAUAUCUUAUACUAUACAUAUAUAAAUAUAUACAUAUAAUUCAAUCUAAUCUUAUAGAAACAUAAUUAAUAAUUAAAGCAAAAACGCGGACAGAUUAAAAAAGAGAUAAAGAGAAAAAAAAUGAACUACAGCGACAGAAAGAUAUACAGAGAGAUAGUAGCAAAAAAAAAUCAACCCACGAAUACAGCAAAAGAAGAUAAAAAAGCAUAAGAGAUCCCUUAUACAUAUAACAACACUACGAUAAUAGAUGAAGUAAUAUCCAAAAGCAAAUCAGUGAAAGCGAAUGAUCGAUACUAGUAGCUAUAUUUCCCGAAUUAGGAACAAGAAAGAAAAAAAAUCAAAAACAAAAAUGAAAUGUGUCUGGAACAGCUUAUAACUUAGUGUUUAGUUUCGAAAAUCGGACGACGAGAUAUGAUUGUUACGCUUAAAUACCACCAAUCAAUCACCACACCUAAACUGUGAAAUUAAUUCUACUAUUACCCCGGGCGCGCUUUUACUGAACGUUAAAGGAUCGACCGCUUGCCGAUAUUCCGACAGAAGGAUUAGUGACGGACAAGGAAAACAGGAAAAAAGAAACAAUGUCAGUAAUCAUAUAUAGAAAUGAGAGAUUUAUGUUCCAUUCGAUUGAUUUGAAUUGUAACAAUUCUCAGUCACACGCAUCAUAACGCGCUAUUGCAACCACAAACACAAACACUUUUCACGAAACCACAUACCAAUACGUUCCUUUUAGGUGUGAUAUAUGUAAAAUAGUAACGAAUGAAAGAAGCAUCACCGAAUGGAUCUAUUGUUGUUUUUAAUUUUAAUCAUUCUGUCGGGUAUCGGCGAGCAUCAUUCUGUGUUUGCACGACGCACAUUUUGUCACCGCAAGAAAACUUAAGCUAUCAUCAGUAGAUCGAACACGUAACGUCAUUGUAACUCAUGUAAGCGAAUAAUGAUUGUCCUUGUCAUUGCUGCGCGUUGACACGUGUUGGCUACUGGACACUCUUUGCAACUCUACAAUUAUAGCGUCAAACAUACACAUGUAUGCACAUAACUAUCGUCAGUUCGUUCAUUGUUUUAUGGGUGAUCGUACACGACUUUAUAUUCUGCUGUUUAUUCCUCUUAUCGUACCACGUUGAAAAAAAAACUAUUCCGUUUUCUUUUCUGCCCCACUACCCUACCCUGUUGCUAUUCUUUAUUACUCUAAAUAGCAAACGUCUAUGUAAAAAGUUACCCUUUCAACCCUCAACCUUAUUAUUAUUAUUAUUAUUUUGUAACAUAAAUAAAUUAAAUUGCCAAUCAAUUUGCAUCGGUAUUUGCGUUUCCCUUCCUUAGCUCCCUUCCCUUUAAACUUCUAGGUAUGUAACUGAGCGAGCGAAUGCAAAAAAAAUCACAGAAGGAAAAAUGUGCACACUUGAACUUGGGAUGGCUUUGCUUCUGGACCAUUUUUGAUUUAUUUUUCGGCGAAGAUCAUUUUUUUAGUAUCAUUAUUAAUUCUUUUUAAGUUUUUAAUCGACAUUCAAAAUUCUACUGAUCUUUUCAAAGUUUCAAACGGAUUGGGAUAAGAUUCUCGAUGAAAGCGAUUAUCGCGAAUAUUUGACUACUUGUACAAAAAAAUCUAAACCCGAUAGCAAAAUUAAUCCUAAGUAUUUCCAUCUCAAGUCAGACAGUCAGGCUUCCAUCGGAGUCCAAUAUAAACCAUACUAUCGACACACGCGAUUCGACCUUUCAACGGGUUUGUCCGAAUCAUGACUGAUUCAAAAAGACCCCAGGAAGCGCGAAAAAAAUUGGAUGGAAACUGCGUGCCUGCAAUGUGUUUGAUGCCGUGUAAGAAUGGAAAUAAAAUAGCAUACUAUAUGAAAAAUAUAUAGGUAGAACCAAGAGAUAAGCGAACUUUUUCGAUUGGAUCCAGUCACAGAAAAUGGGAAGGAAUGAUAAAAGUAAAACAAACACUAAAACUACACGGAGAAUAAAAAAAAGGUAAAAUUUACCGAGAAGCAGAGGUAGUUUUUUUCCACCCCUCUUUCGAGGUAAAUUUUACCUUUUUUUCAUUCACCUAGCGAAAAGGUAAAUUUUACCAUUUUUUCAUUCACCUAGCAAAAAGGUAAAUUUUACCUUUUUCCAUUCAGCUAGCAAAAAGGUAAAUUUUACCUUUUUUCAAUUCACCUAGUAAAAAGGUACAUGUUUUAUGUUUCAGUUGGUUUGUAUCAUUGGAAUACUAUCCUAUUCAAUAACAAAAGCCCAGAUUCAUUCAAAACUUGAUUUUUAUUAAUUUACGUUCGAGUUUCAGCAGUUAUAUAUGAGACCCUCAGAGCCAAAGGGGUAUAAGUGACAAAAUGGUCGAUUUUGAGUUAAUGAUGCCAAACGAUUCUUCAUAUUUCAAACUAUAAUUGGUGAUUUUUUCAGAUUUUUCGAAUUUUAUUUACAUACUUUCACGUUCGAAAGCAAAAUACAAAUUUUCGAAAAAUAUAUGGAAAAUGGCCAAACACAACAACUUAAAAGCGUGUUUUCUCGAAAUAAACUUUUAUGCACUUAUACCCCUUUGGCUCCAAGGGCCUCAUAUGUCUUCUAUAUAAACAUUUUCUUACAUCUUAUAAAAUAUUGGUAAAUUUGGAAUAUUUUCGUAAGCCGUUAUUUAAUUCAUUGAAUGCAACGAGUCGUUCAAAACCUUCAAUAUACAAAAACCAAAUCUCACAAUCAAACUUAAAUUUUGGGUGAAGGUAACGGCUUUCGGUGGAGCCUUCAAGAAAUCCUCUCAACUUAAUGGGCAAGGCUACCAAUUUAGUUCCAUCGUGACCUUUGUAAUUUACAGGAGACGAAUCUCUGCUCCAACCGGGUAGCUUCAACCGGACAUCCUAUCGCCAGGGUUCCUGUGUGCCUAUACGAAUGAUAGAUAACAGAAAUACAAUAUUCAACAUUACAUGAAUUUGACCAGACUUUUAUAAGAGAAAUUAACUAACCCAAUUGUUUGGAUUUCCGAUUGAAUCGGUUUUGUUGUCAUUCAGUUUCGAAGAGCAACAGGAUGAAUAACAGAGGAACUAUGAUCCUAAUGAACAGCAUUGGAAAUUUUUAUCAGCCUCUUGCAUACGGCACGAUGGGCGACUAGCUUCCGCUUUGUCGGAAAUAACCAAAAAAUGUGCAUCAGCUGCAGCUGCGACUUUCGAACCAGGGGUGGUGCCAUGGAUAGUAUUCCAUACUCGGUUUUUCUACGUCGGCCUAAAAAUAAAAAAAUGUUGAGUUUUUUUUUUUCUAGAAAAUGCAUCGUCAUUCACCGGCCGGAUCAAAACCCUUGUUUAGGUUCAGUAUUCCAAACAGAAAUAUUAAAACGAAAUUUAUAAUUAUUGAAUAGCUUACCUUCCGCCGUACUUUGAGCGAUUACCAGACCAACACAGCUUCCUCCUCCCAAACAACGAAAACUUUUUCGUGACGAUCCGGCCAUUUAAUCACCGUUUUUUCCCUAUACUUUUCCGGAUAUUGGUAAACGAAAAUUUGAAGGUUCUGAACCCGAAUACACUCCAACAGUUCAGCUUGGAAGAAUAAUACGCAGGAGCACCUUAACUUGUUGUGGCCGCGGGGAGAGAUGAAUAAUGAAAUGCCGUGCGUGUUCGGAGUUCCGCAUCCAGGAAUCGCCCGAUGGUCCACAGCUGGCUUAACCCAGUUUCGGAACGGUUUUCAGCGGAUCCGUUCUUGAUGAGCAGUAUAUCGAUGGAAUAUUAUUAUGCAUCAUUUUGGCACUCUGGAAUAUUUAUGAAUAUAUUUAAAUACCCAUAAAUAAAUGAAAAAGGGAAGAUCUUACUGUUCCGUUGAUUGUUGAUUUUGUUUCGAGUUCCGAUUGUUAUUGUGCAUCAUACAAAACAUGUUUCCAAAUGAAAAAAAAACUGUUCCACCUCUUCUCCGACUAAUCCGGCCAGCUGGAGGAUAAUAUUCGCUUUUCCGGAUUAAAGAGGAAAACAUUUCCUAGCUCAGUAGGCGAAACAACACUUAUUCCUGAAUGAACUAACCACUUAACCUCAAUAAACGGAUUCGAUAAAUAGUUACCUUUUUUUCGAGGUGAAUUGUACCGUUUUGUUCAGCGCAAUCCAGGUCAACUUGACCUCGCUACGAGGUAAGCUAUACCUCGAAGAGGUAGAAAGUACCUUUUUUGCAUUUACCUUUUUUUUCUAGGUGAAUUCUACCUUUUUUGUCUGCUUGAUUCAGGUAAACUUUACCUCGUUUCGAGGUGAGUUUCACCUCGGUGAGGUAAAAGUUACCUUUUUGGAUUUCACAAGCAUUCACCUUUUUAUCUCGGUAAAUUUUACCUUUUUAUUAUUUUCCGUGUAACUAAGGCAGGAAGAAUGAAACGUGUUACUGGACUUAGAAUGCACGCAGAAGUAUAUUUUAGUAACAAAACAAAGGGAAAAUUAAAAAAAAAACGAAUUGUAAAAAAAAAAUCGGCGAAGAAAAAAGAAAUAAAAUGAUUAAAAAGAAAAGAAAUAAAAAAAAGUGCAGUGCAGUUUUUUUUCUCUUCAGUGGAACAAUUUCACUUGUGUAUAGAUACAAAAUAACCGAAAAAAGCGUUAAUUUUACGAGGAAUGAUAUUUUUUUGUCUUUGAACUAGUUUUUAUUUUGUGCUAAGUACUACUACUGCUACAAUUACUAGAACAACAAAACAGCAAAACAAAAACAAAAAAUACUAUUACACACUACUACACGGUAUGGAGUUUUAUCAAGUUUAUGAAAUAAAAAGAAGAAAAAAAAACAAUUGAUUAAGGUGAAAUAGAAAUCGAUAACGGAUAAUGCAAUUGUAUAAAAAAAGAAGAAUGUGUAACUGUUGUAUUAGUUUUCUUUUCUUUAUUGAAGUGAAUAAAUCAAAUAUACUAUAAAAUUA